ACACUUUCAACAGCAUGACUCCAUCACGCAGCCUCUUUUUCUUCUGCUCGGUGUUCAGCGCAGUCCCUGAUAACGUGAUUCGAGCGGGAAGUACCGGGCUCCAGCUGACGGCCAUACCGGAUUACCCAGUGCCAGCGGGACAGAACGUCAGCCUCUAUUGCAGCGCGCCAAACUGGCCGGCCUUGAAGAAGUGGUACUGGCAACGACAGGAGAAGGAGGCAUGGGAAGAAGUGGCCAAGGGGGGCAAUCUUACCCUGACCGGACCGCAGCAGAGCGGGGUGUAUCGCUGCCUUGCUCAAAGCAAUCAAUCAGAGCGCGUCAGUCCCAGUCACGCAGUCUACAUCAUCUCGAAUUGCCCAACAGAGAAUGUGGGAAUAAUUGCCUUGGCGCUCUCUCUUCUGGCCUUGAUCAUGAAUAUUGCUGUCAUUUUUUGGUUCUCCUGGCAAAGAUUUAAAGACAAGGGGAGCCCCCCCAACAUCGGAGCUAAAGGUUUUCCAAGGGCUGGAAAGGAACCAAAGGGCGGUCUUCCGCUGGCUGAGAACGCCGGACACGUCUACGUGAAUUACUCAAGCACGAACCUAGCCUACACAGAUCUGGAUUCCACAAGUGUGACUCCAGAGAGCACAUACUCAGUUUUGAAUCAAUAG